GAGCUGGUUUCGUGUUACUGAACAUUUGAUAGUGUUGAUAGCGGCGCCUCGUCAGCGGCUAACAGCUGGCUGCUAGCCCCGGUGGCUAGUUUGGUAACUGCUAACCCUGCUAGCUAAGUUAACAUCUGUCAUCUGUCUCGUUUCGUCCAACAACACUUAGAUACACGUAGCUACGCUGUUAUCUGCUCUCACAAAGCCGAGCUGCUUACUUGUUGAUGUUUGGCCACAGAUUGAGCGAUGCUUUGGACUCAAAGAUGACCUGCACCCUGCGUUUAUGACCCCGGCUGGAUAAUCCCACAUUUAGCAGGUCAGCUUUCAAAGGCUCCACACAGGGUGACCCAUGCUUUCAGAUGAGCUGGACUCCAAACCAGAGCUGCUGGUGCAGUUUGUGCAGAACGCCUCCAUCCCCUUGGUUCAGGGUCUGGAGGACUCCGAGUCCAAACACUCCUGCCUGCCUCUGCUGGCUCCGGCUGACAGCUCUCUGUGCAGCCCGCUGGAGCUCACAGAUGGAGGCCUGAGUCAUGAGCCUGAGAGUUCUCCCUCCCUGUCAGAGUUCGGAGGCGUGUCGGAGAGAAGCGCGUUAGUGAUCCAGGCACACUCUCAUCCGCGGGCCUCACCGAGCCCCCCACCCAUCCUCCAUGACCUACAACAGUCAGACAGCACUUCCUACGUCCUACUGAACCUUGCAAAAGGCAUCACAGCCUCCUCCGAGUCGCUGAUCUUCGCCGCAGAUGGCGCCGGGGAGGACGAUGACGAAGGGGUCUCAUCAGGGGACUACGGGAUAGAUGGCAGUGCUCCCUGGUAUCUGCGGGUACAGGAGCUGGCACACGACAGCCUGAUUGCGGCCACGCGGGCACAGCUUGCGAGAGAUGCCAAGGCCAGCCAGGAUGCCAGGACUGCGAGUGUCAGUAACGGUGACCACACACACGGUCUGACAGCAGACGGAGACAAGCGGGAGCUGCCGCCUCGGACCGGCCGCCCCCUCACCAAGCAGAUCCUCCGCUGCUCGUUUGAGGGUUGCUGCAGGACGUUUACUUGGCCGGCUCAUCUAAAGUACCACCUCAAAACACACAGGAACGACCGAAUGUUCAGGUGCGGCGCAGAGGGCUGCGGGAAGAGCUUCUACGUGCUGCAGAGGCUCCAGGUUCACAUGAGGACUCACAACGGCGAGAAGCCCUUCAUCUGCAAGGAGAAGAACUGUGGCAAGAAGUUCACCACAGCUGGAAACUUGAAGAACCACAGACGCAUACACACAGGAGAGAAGCCUUUUCUGUGUGAGGCAGAUGGUUGUGGGCGAUCUUUUGCUGAGUAUUCCAGUCUACGGAAACACAUGCUCGUACAUUCUGGCGAGAAGCCUCAUCACUGCGGGAUCUGCGGGAAGACUUUCUCUCAGUCGGGCAGCCGAAACGUCCACAUGAGGAAGAGGCACGGAGAGGACGGCCUCAGCAGUGAAAGCAGGGAAACAGGAGAGGCUCUGACACAAAGCAGCCUGCUGGAGGCGGAUGGCGAAAACGCAGACAGUAUGGUCACCAUGACAACAACCGUGGAGCCCAUGAAUCUUCACCACGCCAUGCUGAGAUCACCAGGCUCUGCAGACUCGGUGGUUGUUCUCUCUCAGCCACAUGAAUUGGUGACCAUGACGACUGAAGCCCAUGCAUAUGGAGAAGACGUGGUGGCGCUGCUGUAGUCUGCCAUCGUGAAAAAAUGUCAAACGCUGCCCAUUUCAGCAGCGCUAGACUGUCUGUCUGUCACAGCGGAGUACACAUGGACGUCUAUUUGUAAAUACAUUAAUCACUGACUUUCACCCCUGUAGAUAUUUGUAAUUAGCGAUCGAUGAUGGUUUUAUUUUGACAAGCGUGAAAUGACAGAGUUUGUACAAAACAACCUUUUUGUCCUCAAGUUUUUGAAAACCAAUGCUCCCAAAGAAAUACUGAGACGGGUUUAAAAGUUUAUGAAAAUAUAAUGGCCGUGCAUUGUUGUGUGCAGUAUCAUGUAAACAGAAGUCUGAGGUUGAAAUGCAAUGUUGAUGAUGAUGUCCCACUUAUUUCUUCAAAGUUCGGCUGACGAAUGGCGAAUCUAGUUUCAAAAUUAAAGUACCAGACACGUGUACAUCCUUAUUACUACUAAUAAAACACUUAACAUUCAAAACUGCUAAAGCACAGAAUAUCUCAUAGCUGCAUGUAAACACUGGUCUUAGUAAAACACACACACUCUAUCUGAAACCCAGUAAUGCCCAAAGCUGCAUUAACUCGGUGUGUUAUUGGUAACAUCACUCAGACGUCAACCUCCAGUGCUUCACUUGUUCUCUGAGUAAGGCACACAUUUACACCUCAGUAUAUUAACACUUGAGAAUAAUUGCUUUUAAAAAAAGAAAUUAAGAAUUACUCGCAAGGUUAGUUCGACCCUUUAUGAAACAAACCGCAGAUGUCUGGGGACAGCAGAUAAAUCGGCAGUGUUUGUUUCCUGCCUUCUCCUCAGUGGAUCUUCAGGUGGUGGAAGUGGUCCAACGUGGCGCCCAAAGCCCAGCUUGACUCCACGUUGUUCACUUUCUUGGUCAACUAGGAGGAGGGGAAAAAAAAAAUAAUAAUAACACCAAAUCACUCAAAUGCCUUUUGUAUUUAUUGAAAUAAAAAAGUAACACAUUU